GAGAGUAUUGCGAAACCCUGGGGCAUGAGAACUCCCUUACUCUGGAAUUUUCUAGGCCACAAUAUUCACACUCGAAGAUGGAGAGAGAGCGAGUUUGUAUUGCUAGCUAUAAAAAUGAUGACAGCACGUAGUUUCUCUUGCCGUGGGCAAUUGAUUGGCAUCACAGCUAGCUAGUUUGACACGUGGAGAGGGAGAGAGUGGUUUCAGCGGCCUUGAAGCCCUCAAAACAUAAGCCUCAUGCGGUUUGCAUCCCAUACCCAGCCCAAGGCCAGAUCGUCCCAUGCUACAACUAGCCAAGCUCCUCUACCACUCAGGCUUUCAUGUCACCUUCGUAACGCAGAGUUCAACCACGCGCGCUUCCUCAACUCUCGAGCUCCUCACCCGCCCAGCGCCGUCUCCUCCUUCUGCUUCAGGACCAUUCCCGACGGCCUCCCGCCGACCGACGCCGACAGCACCCAAGACAUCGCUUCCCUCUCCGACUCCACCAGCAAGAACUGCCUGGCUCCUUUCAGAGCCCCUUCUAUCGGAGCUCAAUGGUUCCUCGUCGGCCGACGUCCCUCCGGUGACUUGCAUAGUUUCGGAUGGAGCCAUGAGCUUCACCCUGACGGCGGCCCAGGAACUGGGCAUCCCUGAAGUCCUGUUCUGGACAACCAGUGCUUGUGGAUUCAUAGGCUACGCCCACUACUCCCUUCUUCGAGAAAAGGGCUUCCUACCCCUCAAAGGAUCAAAUCUAUGGAAAGAAGAUCGAAGCUGCCUAGAGUGGCUCGAUUCAAGAGAAGCCAAUUUUGUCGUAUACGUGAACUUUGGAAGUAUCACAGUCAUGAUUAACAAUCAGUUGAUGGAGUUUGCGUGGGGACUUGCAAAUAGUAAUCAAAGCUUUCUCUGGAUUAUUUGACCUGAUCUUGUUGACGGCGACCUUGCUAUUAUUCCACAAGAGUUCUUUGCUAAGACAAAAGAAAGGAGUUUCGUAGCAAGUUGGUGCCAUCAAGAACAAGUCCUCCACCACCCAGCGGUGGGGGGGGGGGGGGGGUUAUUAACGCACUGUGGGUGGAACUCAGUUAUAGAUAGUGUGUGUGGCGGAGUGCCCAUGAUCUGCUGGCCCUUCUUUGCCGAACAACCAACAAAUUGUAGACUCUGUUGUACAGAAUGGGACAUAGGUAUGGAAAUUUGCAGUGAUGUUAAGAGGGAUGAGGUUGAAAAACUUGUGAGGGAGUUGAUGGAAGGGGAGAGGGGUAAAGAGAUGAAGAAGAAAAUUAUGGAAUGGAAAGAGAAAGCUGAAGAGGCAACAAGGAGAUUAAGUGGGUCUUCCUUCUUGAAUUUAGAGAGAAUAAUUAAAAGUGUCCUCCUCCAUAGGGAUUCUUCUUAAUUUAAAUGAUCAUUCUUGUAUAUCAAUGAAAGUCUAUGUCUUUCAUUUUUAUUUUUUUGCUUAUGAAUAAAAUUCUUCUUCAAUUC